AUGGAUCGAAGUUGGAUGAAAGCAAAACGCAUCAGUGAUGAGUAUGAGAACGGGGUGGAACAAUUUCUACUGUUUACGCAACUUAAUGCUGAAAGUUUGAGGGGCAAUUAUUUUUGCCCAUGUGUUAAAUGUCUUAAUGGUAGACGACAGUCAGUUGAUGAAAUCCGAUCACAUCUGAUAUGUUACGGCAUCAUUCCAAAUUACACAAAAUGGAUAUGGCAUGGGGAAUCGGCCGACAUUCCAACUGUUUCUCAGUCUCAGGCGGUUCACGAAGACAGCGGAGAGCGUAUAGAGGAAAUGAUCCGUGAUCUUGGACAAGAGACUUUUGAGCAAGCGCAUGCACCUCUGUAUGAUACAAUAGAACGUGAUUCCAACACGCCAUUGUAUCAGGGGUGCACAUCUUUCACGCGGUUGUCAGCUGUGUUAGCUUUGGUAAACUUGAAGGCAAGAUUUGGGUGGAGUGAUAAAAGCUUCACUGAAUUGCUGGUCUUAUUGAAGAACAUGCUUCCUGAACAAAACACUUUGCCGAAAAAUCACUACGAGGCCAAAAAGAUUUUGUGUCCAGUGGGAAUGGAGUACAAGAAGAUCCAUGCAUGCCCUAAUGAUUGCAUAUUGUAUAGAAAUGAGUAUGCUGAACUACGGCAAUGCCCCACGUGUGGGGUAUCACGAUACAAAGUGCAACACGAUGAAUUAACUGAUGAUGCAGGAACCAAAAAUUGUCGUCCUGCCAAGGUGUGCUGGUAUCUUCCAAUAAUACCAAGGUUUAAGCGAUUGUUUGCUAAUGCACAUGAUGCAAAAAACCUUUCAUGGCAUUCGGAUUACCGAAAAUCUGAUGGAUUACUGCGACAUCCUGCCGAUUCGCCACAGUGGAAGACAAUUGAUCGUUUGUAUCCAGAGUUUGGGGAUGAGCCAAGGAACCUAAGGCUUGCUCUUGCUUCUGAUGGAAUGAAUCCUUAUGGUAGCUUAAGUAGCAACCACAGUUCCUGGCCUGUUUUACUGAUGAUUUACAACCUUCCCCCAUGGUUGUGCAUUUUGCGUAAAUACAUUAUCCUGUGUAUGAUGAUCGCGGGUCCAAGGCAGCCAGGGAAUGAUAUUGAUGUGUAUCUUACACCAUUAAUCGAAGACUUGAAACAAUUGUGGGAAGAAGGGGUAGAUGUGUGGGAUGCAAAUGUGCAGCAGACGUUCAGGUUACGCACAAUGGUGUUUUGUACUAUUAAUGAUUUUCCAGCAUAUGGAAAUUUAAGUGGAUACAGUGUGAAAGGGCAUCAUGCAUGUCCUAUCUGUGAGAAAAACACAAGCUUCAUCCAACUCAAGCAUGGAAAGAAGACAGUAUAUACCAGACACCGAAGAUUUCUAAAAGCUUUUCACCCUUAUCGACGAUUGAAAAAAGCUUUUAAUGGAAGUCAGGAGAAUGAAGGCCCCCCAGAAGCAUUAACUGGAAACCAAGUUCAUGAUCGUGUAAAGGACAUUGUAACCGUGUUUGGCAAGUCCCAGAAGAAGACAUCAUCUCCCAACAACAUGUGGAAGAAACGCUCAAUAUUCUUUGAUCUUCCAUACUGGUCUGAUCUAUAUGUGCGGAAGACAAAGGAUGGUUUGAAAUGUCGUCAAGACUUGGUUGACAUGGGAAUACGAGAGCAGUUGCAUCCCAUAUCACAAGGUCGACGAACAUAUUUACCCCCAGCAUGCCACACACUGUCAACAGCAGAGAAGAAAAGCUUUUGUCAAUGUCUGCGGAAUGUCAAAGUUCCACAAGGAUACUCUUCAAAUAUCAAGAGCCUUGUCGCCCUCAAUGAUCUUAAGUUGGUUGGCUUGAAGUCUCAUGAUUGCCAUGUCUUAAUGCAACAAUUAUUGCCUGUUGCGAUUCGCGGCAUCUUGCCUGACAAAGUUAGAGUUGCCAUAACCCGUUUGUGCUUUCUUUUUAAUGCCAUAUGUAGUAAAGUCAUUAAUCCUCAUCAAUUGGAUGACUUGGAGAAUGAGGCUGCCAUUGUCAUUUGUCAGUUAGAGAUGUAUUUCCCACCAUCAUUUUUUGACAUCAUGGUUCACCUCAUUGUUCAUCUUGUGAGGGAAAUUCGGUUGUGUGGUCCGGUUUUUUUUGCGGUGGAUGUAUCCAAUUGA